GUCCUGACACAGGCACACACACUCUCUCUCUCCCACUUUGACAUCCUCUUACGCGACAUCACUUGACGACGACAGCAGUGAGCAACGCCAUGUCAGCGAGUGUAUCCUCUGGCCCCUCGACGCCUUCGUCUGCCAAAGGGCCUAGCAGUGUCAGCGGCGUCAACGCUCUCAAGGCCCGCUUCGAGACACCCUCAUCGUCAUCAUCCAAGUCGGGGUCGUCACCUUCAUCAUCCGAAGCAUCGAAGAGGUCUCAUGAGGCGACACAGAGCGGCGUCUCUACUCCAACAGUCCCCUCGCCCAAGCUAGCUCGAGCCUCGCCACCUAGUACACCACCCACAACAUCAGAUGUGGACCCAUCGUCCCACACCAACACCACCAUGUCCCCUUCACAGGGCGCCGUAUCUCUUAUCGAUCCUGAGACCAUGAUUGAGAAUCCCUUCGGCCAGGAUGGCGCUACAACUCCUGUCGCGCGCUCAAGCUCCUUCAUGACAGCAAGCACCAGCGCGGCGGCAACGGUGCCACCUAGCCCGACUUCGUCAAGCCAGCGAUACUCUGAGGUCAGUCUGUCGAGUCCCGCGCCUGAUCAGAGCAGCUUCGAAGACGCGCCGCAAGGCAAAAGAUCGACGAUCACGAGCGUAGCUGGACUGCAAGAAGACGAUGGCGAAAGCAGCGAUGGUCCAAAUGGCAAACCGCGUAGUUUGCCAAAGGGUGAAGUUGUAAGCCAAUCUUCUUCAUCGUCCACCAUCGCCCCCAACCCCACCUCCGCCUCUGCCUCGGCCUCCGCUCGCUCCUCACACCGCGACUCCGCGCAGCUGAGAGAGCGUAUGCGCUCUAGACUCGAAGGGGACGAAGGGAACGGAAGUCGUCGGCAGAGCCAGCAAGGCAUCGAGAAGCUGCGUGAGAACUUUGAGAGGCUCCAUCAACAGCAUUCCAGGACGCACAGCGCUGCCUCGGCGACAUCGGCGGCGACCGCUUCAGCUGCGGACACAGGGACAGGCGAUGGCGGCUACGGCGACGGCGAUGAUGCAGAUACGACGCCUACUGAGAUGAAUGUGGGAGACGACGGAGUCGAUUGGGACUUCUGGGGGAGGGUCAUGGGGAACUAUCACGAAGUCGCACAAAACCAUCCUCAAGAUCUCAGCCGCGCAAUCCAAGCGGGCAUCCCCGCUCAGCUCAGAGGCCUCUGCUGGCAGCUCCUCUCAGCGAGCAAGGAUGAGGAGAUGGAGCUCAUCUAUGCCUACAACAUGCGGCAAACGAGUCCGCAUGAGAAGCAGAUCAGAAAGGACUUGGGAAGAACUUUCCCUGAGCAAGAAUAUUUCAAGGAUGGCAAGGGCGUAGGGCAAGAGAAUCUUUACAAUGUUGUCAAGGCUUACUCGCUCUAUGACGAGGAGGUUGGAUACUGCCAAGGCAUGCAAUUCAUCGUCGGCCCACUACUUCUCAACAUGCCGGACGAGGAGGUCUUCUCAACUCUGGUCAGGCUAAUGAAGAGCUACGGUCUCCGCGGCCACUUUGUCCCUAAUAUGCCGGCUCUUCAGCUACGCCUCUUCCAAUUCGACCGUCUUCUCGAAGACACGCUCCCCCUCCUACAUCGCCAUCUGGUCCGGCACGGAGUCAAGACGAGCAUGUACGCGAGCCAGUGGUUCAUGACCCUCUUCUCCUACCGCUUCCCCCUCGACUUCGUCUACCGGGUUCUCGACUCCGUCUUUGCAGAGGGCAUCGAAGCUGUCUUCCGCUUCGCGCUCGCCCUCAUGCGCCGCAACGAGGAUGCUCUCAUCAAUCUGUCAUUUGAGCACGCCUUGGCCUACCUCAAGGGUUCAGAUAUGUGGGAUGGAUACGAGGUCGCAAGCGGUAGCAAUGACGCCUCACCGCGCUACGAUGUGGACUCCUUUGCUCGAGAAGCUUAUUCGGUGCAAAUCUCUCCCUUCACUCUUGACGGAUACGCCGCCGAAUUUGAGGAGCAAGUAAAAGCAGCGAACGCGCACCGACGCGAAGUAGAAGCCCUUCGCCUCGUCAAUCGCAACUUGGCAGCACGAGUGGCGUCACUCGAGGAGCAGCUGCAGCAGAACCAGACAGAGCAUGUCGAUCUGGUGAAAGAUGCAGUGAUGAGCAAAAUUGCGAAGGAGGAGAUGGAGGAGGAGUUGAUUCGAUACAAGAUGCUUUAUGCUGAGGCUAGCUUGCUCGCUGAUCAGCAAGCCGGGCAGCCUAGCUUGGCGUUUGGGCACGGUGGAGGGGCGAGAGCAUCCUCGUCAUCGGCUUCGUCUUUGGCUGCAACGCCGACCCGAGGAAGAAUGGUAGCAGAAGGGAACAGCGGCGAAAAUGGCGUUGGCGGACGCGGCAGUGAACAGAAAAAGGACAGCGUCAGGGGUGCGGUAAGUCCCGCCAGCCGACCAGCAUCGUCGACGGAUGCUUGGGCAUCGUCGUCGUCAGCAGCGCCAACAGCGGAUAUGUAGCUCGAACCGAAUUCAUCCACGACCAUGUCGACAGGUACGGCUGCGCCGUCCACCAUCUACAUACCGUUUUCGCGCCC